CCUACCAGUCGAACGAAGACGCGUUAAGCAUAUUCAAUUUACGCGUCUUCUACCGAAAUUCUGGAAUCGAAUUUAACAGAAACAUCCACACUCUUAUCGUAAGGAAGAUUUGCGACUUUUAAGAGAAGUGGACGCCGACGAGAGAAGUCAAUAUAAUAGGUAUUUCCUCAGGGAAGCUUUCUAUUGCCGAAUUUCACGAUAUCGAGUAGCUACGGUACCAUCGCCGACCCUUAAAAUUUCAACAUGUCCGACUUCGAAGAUGAGAUGGAUAUUGAUGCCCCUCCGAAAUCUAACGACAUCACAUUUUCUUCCGAUAACACCGCUAAGGGUAAACGUAGUGCUGCAAACCUGCCUGUUGAAGCAGAAGACUCCUUACCAUGGGUUGAGAAGUACCGACCUGUUUCCUUAGCCGAUGUAUCAGGCCACCAAGAUAUUCUAGCUACCAUUAAUAAGUUCGUCGAUUCGAACCGAUUACCCCAUCUCCUUCUCUACGGGCCCCCGGGAACUGGCAAGACAUCCACCAUCCUGGCACUUGCGAGACGCAUCUAUGGGGCAGAGAAUACGCGACAGAUGGUCCUAGAGUUGAAUGCUUCAGACGAUCGAGGUAUCGAUGUCGUUCGUGAGCAGAUCAAGACCUUUGCUUCGACGAAGCAGAUAUUUACGAUGGGCGGGGCUUCACGUCCCGGUGGCGUGGCAAGCUAUAAGCUCAUUAUCCUGGACGAAGCUGAUGCGAUGACGAAUACCGCUCAGAUGGCCUUACGAAGAAUCAUGGAAAAGUAUACUGCAAACACGCGAUUUUGUAUUAUCGCCAACUAUACCCACAAAUUGUCACCCGCAUUGCUGUCUCGAUGUACACGCUUCAGAUUUAGUCCUCUAAAAGAAGAUGAUAUUCGGGUCUUGGUGGAUAAAGUUAUUCUGGAGGAGGGAGUCAAAAUUACAGGCGAGGCUACGGAUUCACUGGUUAAGUUGAGUAAAGGGGACAUGCGACGAGCACUAAAUGUGCUUCAGGCUUGUCAUGCAUCUAGCACGCCGAUGCAGCCAAAAGACGCGCCUAAGGUCCCCGAGAAAGAUAUCGUUAGGGAAACCAUUACGACUGAGACCAUAUACAAUUGUAUAGCAGCCCCACCUCCUGAUGCGAUCACGAAAAUUGCUAGUACGCUACUCGCGACUAGCGACGUAACCACUUGUCUGUCGACGAUCAAUACGCUGAAGGUGGCUAAUGGCCUCGCGUUGGCGGACAUAAUCACAGCAUUGUCGGAACAAUUGGUAAAGAUGGAGGUGAAGCCCGAGGUUAUGAUUAGAUGGCUUGAUGGCCUAGCGGAGAUAGAAUAUAGAGUGUCUGCCGGUGGAAGCGAGGCUAUUCAAACAGGUGCCGUGGUAGGUGUAGUAAGAGAGGGUUGUGAGCUUAUGGGAUGAGGAAUGACGUUAACAUGAAGAGCUUGAGGGUUGAUAAGUGCAUGAGGACUGAUGGAACUAUUAGACAAGAUUCCCACUCAAGUAUUUAAUGAAUCAAUCUUGACUCAUGUCCACCUUUAUUACGUUCGAAUUAGAGGUCC